AUGAGAAUGGAGAAAGCUGUCUCUGGGAUAGACUGUCAGGAAACAAAGCUAGACAAAGCGUUAGAAGAAAUCAUAGAAAAAGAGAAAGCGGCCACGGAUGCGAGAAGCCUGCAAGAUGAUAACAAGAAAACUGAAAAGGCAGCAGCGGCCGAGGAGUACCGCAACCAAGCGGUUGAGCGUUUGGGUAAAACCAGGAAAAGGAAUGCUGAGAAGCAAGACGAAAAAGCCCAGACGGCGAAGAAAGGAAGACGAUCGACGUCGGAAGUGGUUCAAUUUCUGAAAGAAAAGUCAGAAAGAGAGAGUGUGCUGAGAAAGGAGGAUUUGGAGUUUAGACGAAAGGAGACGAGUCAAAAGGAGGAUGUGAUGAAAAUGCUAGCACAACAACAGCAGCAGCAGACUCAGCUUAUGCUUUGUUUGCUUGCAAAGGGCCAAAAUAAGAACAGUUAAGUAUCCGCUAUUUUAUCCAUCAAAGUGUUCGUUUUUCCAAUGUUGUUGUUACUGGAAGUUUUACGGUGAAAAAGUACUAAGGUAG